GGUACAUAAAUUGAUGCCGGUAUGGGCCAUUAUGGGCGCUGAGGACAGCGCCUGCUAAGAGGGGGGAUAAUGUAGCCGGUCCGCGGGCGUCACGGUAACAGGUGGUUGAUCAUCCAGCCGUCUACGAGGUGUUUAUUUUGCGUUGGAGCUUGUCGCACUGCUUGGACACGGAAGAGCUCAGAACGCCGGACCGAAGGAAUAUUACACCAUUUCCUGUAUCACUUUUUAUCACCGGUCGAACAUAAAGUUCAUUGUCGGCGCUUUUGACAUGCCUAACUUUGGAUCUUACCUUACGGAAGCUCAGAAGAAGGAAUUGAGGGAAGUUGCUGAGGCGAUUGUUGCUCUUGGUAAAGGCAUUUUGGCUGAGGAUGUGAGCGUUGGUCAGUUUGUUGGGUAGUUCGUUAUAUGCCCCUUUCUUUAGCUGCCAUUGGGAAGCUUUUUCAGAGUAUUGGACUGGAAAACACUGAGGAAUUUCGUCGCCAAUACAGACAGCUACUUUUUUCUGUUAAUCCCGAGGUGUCGAAGCACAUAUCUGGCGUACUUCUGUUUCACGAGACACUCUAUCAAAAAGCGGACAACAACAGGCCCCUAGUCGAACUGUUAAAGGAACGCAACAUUCUGAUAGGAAUCAAAGUUGACAAGGGCGUUGUUCCUCUGGCUGGAUCAAUCGACGAGUGUACAACACAGGGCCUGGAUGAAUUGGCAGAACGGUGUGCGCAGUACAAAAAAGACGGUUGCCAGUUUGCGAAGUGGCGCUGUGUUCUGAAGAUCGGUUCCUGCACUCCAUCUUAUCAGGCCAUGUUGGAAAACGCUAAUGUUUUGGCACGUUACGCUUCUAUAUGCCAACAGAACGGUCUUGUACCAAUUGUGGAGCCCGAAGUGCUCCCCGAUGGCGACCACGACCUACCGACUGCGCAGAAAGUGACGGAACAAGUUUUGGCAUUCGUGUACAAAGCUUUGGCUGAUCAUCACGUGUAUCUGGAAGGCACUCUUCUCAAACCCAAUAUGGUGACGGCUGGUCAAGCAUGCUCCAAACGGUACAGCCCAUCUGAGAAUGCUUUAGCUACUGUUCAAGCUUUGCAGAGAACCGUUCCUCCUGCAGUUGUUGGAGUGACAUUUUUAUCUGGCGGCCAGUCGGAGCUCGAAGCCACUAUGAAUCUUAACGAGAUCAAUAAAGUCCCUGGUCGCAAGCCGUGGGCGUUGACCUUCAGCUUUGGUCGGGCUCUUCAGGCCUCAGUCAUUGAUGCUUGGAAAGGACAGAAAAGCUCUGCUUGA